GCGCGCAGCACGGGCAGCAGCAGCAGCAGCAGUCACCGUCGCCGCCAGCGCUGCUCUCAGCAAGGGCCGGCGCAAAGAGCCACAGCAGAGCUGCGUGGCUGUCCGUAGCGGGAGGGCGACGCUGUUACGUCAGUAGUUGGUGCGCAUCGUACUUAUACAAGCCUUUCCGCGCAGAGUGAUCUCUUCCUGAGGGAGUCAUCAUGGCGGACAGAGGAAAGGACGACCAGUAUGGACGAAGCGACAGCUACCGGGUUGCAGUUAACCCAAGGGUUCCCGAUGACGGCCGGACACCAGACGGGCGGCCUAGGGCUCGGCGGAAGAUUGGGAAGAAGGAAAAAGAACAGAACUUGGAUGACCUCAAACAGGAAGUGUCGAUGGAUGAACACAAAAUCCCCAUUGAAGAACUUUAUGCACGACUUGGCACGAAUCCGGCCACAGGCCUCACAUCACAACAAGCUAGGGAAAUUUUGGAAAGGGAUGGCCCAAACUCUUUAACGCCCCCUAAGAAAACACCAGAAUGGGUCAAAUUCUGUAAGAACCUCUUUGGGGGUUUCUCCUUACUACUGUGGAUCGGCGCAGUGCUCUGCUUCAUCGCAUAUUCAAUCCAGGCAGGCACAUUCGAGGAACCGCCCGAUGAUAAUUUGUACCUGGGAGCAGUAUUGGCCAUUGUAGUUAUUGUAACAGGUUGUUUCUCCUACUAUCAAGAAGCCAGGAGUUCAAAAAUUAUGGAGUCUUUCAAAAACAUGGUUCCACAGUAUGCCAUAGUGAUCCGUGAUGGACAAAAGUUGCACCUUCCCGCUGAGGAGGUUGUGGUUGGAGACGUGGCCGAGGUUAAGGGUGGUGAUCGAAUUCCUGCCGACAUGCGGGUCAUCCAAGCACAAGGUUUUAAAGUGGACAACUCAUCCCUGACCGGAGAAUCUGAGCCCCAGACGCGCUCGCCAGAGCUUACGAACGAUAAUCCACUGGAAACGAGGAACUUGGCAUUCUUCUCCACCAACUGUGUUGAAGGUACGGGAAUGGGUGUGGUGAUCAACACUGGUGACCGUACUGUAAUGGGCCGCAUUGCGAACCUGGCAUCUGGCCUCGAGAUGGGUGAAACGCCCAUUGCCAGGGAGAUCGCCCACUUCAUCCACCUGAUCACCGGAGUCGCUGUGUUCCUGGGAGUGACCUUCUUUGUCAUUGCCUUCAUCUUGGGCUACCACUGGCUAGAUGCCGUCAUCUUCCUCAUCGGUAUCAUCGUGGCCAACGUGCCAGAAGGUCUCCUGGCCACUGUCACCGUCUGUCUCACCCUUACUGCCAAGCGUAUGGCUGCCAAAAACUGCCUCGUGAAGAACUUGGAAGCUGUCGAGACCCUUGGGUCAACCUCAACCAUCUGCUCUGACAAGACUGGCACCCUGACACAGAACCGCAUGACUGUUGCCCACAUGUGGUUUGACAACCAGAUCAUCGAAGCUGAUACUACAGAAGAUCAAUCCGGCGUCCAGUAUGACAGGUCCUCCGCUGGAUGGAAGGCGCUUGCCCGCAACUGCUGCCUCUGCAGCAGGGCAGAGUUCAAGGCUGGACAGGAGAACGUCCCUAUUCUCAAGCGAGAAUGUACAGGUGAUGCAUCGGAGUCCGCCAUUCUCAAGUGCAUGGAGCUUGCCAUCGGCAGCGUUGCCGCUUACAGGCAACGCAACCCCAAGGUCUGCGAGAUCCCCUUCAAUUCCACCAACAAGUACCACGUAACUGUGCACGAAACUGAAGAACCAGAUGACCCCAGCUACGUUCUCCUCAUGAAGGGUGCCCCUGAGCGUAUUCUCGACCGUUGCUCCACCAUCUUUAUCAACGGCAAAGAGAAGGUGCUCGACGAAGAGAUGAAGGAAGCUUUCAACAACGCCUACUUAGAACUGGGAGGCCUUGGAGAGCGUGUCAUUGGCUUUUGCGACUACAAGCUGCCUACAGACAAGUACCCACCCGGAUACCCCUUCGAUGCCGACGAACAGAACUUCCCACUCACUGGACUUCGUUUUCUUGGUCUCGUCUCCAUGAUUGACCCGCCACGUGCUGCUGUUCCCGAUGCUGUUGCCAAAUGCCGAAGUGCCGGCAUCAAGGUUAUCAUGGUGACUGGUGACCACCCGAUCACUGCCAAAGCCAUCGCCAAGGCUGUUGGAAUCAUUUCCGAGGGUAACGAAACCGUGGAGGACAUUGCACAGCGACUGAACGUGCCCGUGGAAGAAGUGAACCCACGGGACGCCAAAGCGGCCGUGAUCCAUGGCUCGGAACUGAGAGACAUCAGCCCUGAACAGUUGGACGACAUUCUGCGCCACCACACCGAAAUAGUCUUCGCCCGAACCUCGCCACAGCAGAAGCUCAUCAUUGUAGAGGGCUGCCAACGCCUGGGAGCCAUUGUGGCCGUGACUGGAGAUGGCGUCAACGACUCACCUGCCCUCAAGAAGGCUGAUAUUGGUGUCGCCAUGGGUAUUGCUGGGAGCGACGUGAGUAAGCAGGCAGCCGACAUGAUUCUUUUGGACGACAACUUUGCCUCCAUUGUCACCGGUGUUGAAGAAGGUCGUCUGAUCUUUGACAACCUGAAGAAGUCCAUUGCAUACACCCUGACCAGUAAUAUUCCUGAAAUCAGUCCUUUCCUGUUGUUCAUCUUGGCUGAUGUGCCCUUGCCUUUGGGAACCGUUACCAUCCUGUGCAUUGAUUUGGGAACUGACAUGGUUCCUGCUAUUUCCCUUGCAUAUGAGAUGGCAGAAAGUGACAUUAUGAAGCGUCAGCCCCGUGACCCAGUCAAGGACAAACUUGUGAAUGAAAGGCUGAUCUCUAUCUCGUACGGUCAGAUUGGAAUGAUGCAAGCUGCGGCUGGAUUUUUCGUCUACUUUGUGAUCAUGGGCGAAAACGGCUUCUGGCCAAGCAAACUGCUUGGACUACGUAAGCACUGGGACUCGAAGGCGGUCAACGACCUCAUGGACUCAUACGGCCAAGAGUGGACAUACAAGAACCGCAAGACCCUGGAAUAUACCUGCCACACAGCAUUCUUCGUUUCCAUCGUUAUUGUGCAAUGGGCCGACUUGAUCAUCUGUAAAACGAGGAGAAACUCCAUUGUCCACCAAGGAAUGAAGAACCAUGUCCUGAACUUUGGAUUAGUUUUUGAGACUGCCUUAGCUGCGUUCCUCUCAUACUGCCCAGGCAUGGACAAAGGUCUCAGGAUGUACCCACUGAAGAUCAACUGGUGGUUACCCGCACUGCCAUUUUCCCUCCUGAUCUUCGUGUACGACGAGAUUCGUCGCUACAUAUUGCGCCGCAACCCAGGAGGAUGGAUCGAGAUGGAGACCUACUACUGAACAUUGCCCACGCGUAGUCUUCUUAUCUCUCUCUCUUCAACAGACCUUCUUCGUUUUACUUCUUUAUAUUUUUUUCAACGAACCUUCGUUUUACCAUCGCAUUUUUUCUUUUAUGAAAAAAAAAAGAGGGGCAGGGGGGCUGCCCUGCCUCCCACCCUUCCCGGUAUGAACGGGAAAAAAAGAAGAAACUAUGUACCAAGCCAACCAACAAAAGCUGGCACAAGCGCGGCACACUUUUCGCGUUAGUAGCCUUAGUGUUGUUGUUGCUAGGAGGCGAGGAGAGAGAGAGGGGAGGAGGGAAAGUAUUUGCUGCACCUUCGUAGUUUGAGAUGCUUGGAGGAAGCUGCUGCAGAAGGAGGGAUGGAGAGAGGACAGAAUUGAGAAAGGGAGGGAAGGAAAGAGGAAAAGGGAGCUGCGCCGAGGCACAAGUGCUGUGUUUGGGAGCUGCGGACAAUGUUCGAGGAGGACCGCAAACUGGGCCGCCGUUUGCGGCCACACCAACCACCGCAUGCGGAAAAAGAGGAAGAGGGCAUGGCACAGCUACUCUGCCUCACACGCCAUCGUUGAUUGUGCUUUUCGGAGAUCGGCACACGAGGAGGUGCCCCCCCUUCCUUGUCGGUUGUCUCGUUGAGGCCACCACCACCACCGCUGCUGCAGCGACUGCCACAUCCAAUUGCCGAACGACCGACCGACCAACUUCCACCGCGCCCCAGUCAUCGACCGCCAAGGGAGGUCUGGAGAAAAGGUGGAGAGGAGAGAAAAAUACCACACCGAGCGCGUCCGACCUUUUCCAUUCUUCCCGUUUCCUCCCUUUUUGACCGCUUCCAGUCCCUUUCUUCACGGCAACUGUUCCCCGCCAGCCUUUUUUUUUUUUCUUUUAUUACUGUUUGUCUCUCGCAUCUCUGUCGGAAAACUCGGGUGUCUCACUCGGAGAGUGCUUUUGUCUUUUAUUUUUUGUGAUGUAGAUACGGUUCUUUUUCUUUUUCAUAUCACUAUUAUAAUUUCAGUCGUUUUCUUUCUCUCUCUCGAUUUUUUCUGUUGCUGACGGGUGUGUACCGUACCAGUGCUCUUAUUACUGCUACUACUACUACAACAGCAUCAUCCCAUUAUCAGAAUUUUGUUUCGUCUUCCUUUUCCUCUUUGUGUGUCGUGUACCAUACAAAUUUUACCCUGCUCUCGCGUUGUUUCUUUUCUUGUGGGUUAUUUGCAUGAAGUGGUCGGUACACUUGGAAGAAAAAAGUUCAAUAAAAAAAGGUUAUAUGUGGCGAACGAAAAAAACUUUAUAAAAAUAAUGGCUUUGCAUUCGCUCGAGCCAAGCUGUUCAGGAGUAGAAAAAUUGAGGCGACGUGAUGAGAGUUGCGGGCUUGUUUCGUUUUAGAUGGCUCCUGAGCGCGGUGUUCUUAGUUGCAAAGUUGUAGCAGCAAUUACUGCAGCGAGAACCCUAAACAUAAAAACACUUAGUAAGUUCACAUGCAAGUGGGAGUGAACAUUCCACAAUUUCCUUUCCCAGUUUGUUUGUUCUUUCUCUUUUUGCUGCUGCCCUUUGCCAUCGCGCCUCUUUCCUUUUCACCCACUGCCGUUCUUUCGUCCCUUGUCAUCACUCUCAUCACAGUCGGAUGCUUACCGAGGAGAACUUCUUGCACACAGAUACACAUACACACACAAACCAACCACUGUGUGCUAGUUCUCAAGUGUGCUUCAGUUUUCUUUUGUUACUACUUCUAGAUUUGCUGGAAUCUUGCUAGCUUUUUUUUUUUUUUUGCAGCAGUGUGUCUAAGUUUUUUUAGAUAUGUAAGAAUGGAUCUUUAUUUACACCUUUUAUUUUUUUUCCUGCAAAGUGAAGUAGUUUUUCGGCCGUGGAAGGGAUCGGAUCGGCGAAGGCUAAUUCCUCUUCCUGGAGAGAGUCACAUGAGAUCGGAGACAACGAUGACGUUGUUCAUGACCGCACCCGGUGCAGCUAGGUAAAGAAAAAAAAAUACCCUUCAACAUUUUGGUAGCAUGUAUUGUAGAGAAUUCAUACAACUCUAGGUAUAAAUGGUGAGAGACAUAGAAACACAUGCCGCUGUUGAGGUUAUUGUUACUAUUGCUAACAGUUAAGCCUGUUUCCUGUUUUUUUUUUUUCUUGCUGCUUGUUUGUACUUGCCCUGCGUUGAUGCGGCAGGUUGUGUAACAGGUAUAGAUUGUACCGUGCCGAGCGGAACUUUCUUUGUCUGGGAAAGAUGGUUUACGAUCGUCGUAGCUGGCCCCCUGUCGGUUUCCGCUUGCGUACAUUUACCAUUGCAUUUCACCGGUGUAAUUCCUUUCUUUUAAAUUUGUUUGUGCUUUGUCAUAGUUUCCAUUUGAAUGACAAGAAAGCAUAACAUGUAGUUCUUUUUAAACACGCUGACGGGGGGGGGGGGGGGAAUUGGGAAGCCUUGUUGUGCGGAGGCUUUGGAACGAGUUUCUCAGCCAGUUUGAGUGAUGUACUUUGUGUUUUGUUUCUAUGGGUCGAUCGGGCUGGGAAGGGGGCUGUUGUCAUCCCAGAAGCCUCCUCUAUUUUGUACGUGUUCUCCUUUUGUUUCUCAUGGAAACUGGCUUGGUGCUGGCAUUAGGUAAAGUGGUUAAAAAGGAGGGGUGCAAUAUUCAAAAGAGACUUUGGCGUGCGUGAUGAAGAGUUUAGGUCACUGCAAGUUGCAUGUAGUGUCAUUCAUAUUCUUGUUCAUUAUGCAGAGCAUAAUUUAUAUGCCUCGCUAUUUUUUCUUUUCUUUUGCUUUCUUUUAGUGUCGUGCUAUAUCUUAGGCGCAUCACGUCCUUGUGAAAGUUUUAAAAGUAGUUUCGUUCAGUCCAAAGCAUGCACUGCCGCUUGUUCUACCUCGCGCUUGAGGAGCGGGGUAAAGAACAAAGGUUUCUCGGAAAAAAUCAAAAUGCACCAGAGGAGUAGUUCUUUUUUCCCGAUUUGGCCGGUGUUUUACACUAACACGCGUUGUGUGGAGAGAUGAAUUGAUCGGCAGCCGUUGGCUGUAGAUUCGGUUCUUUUGUUGGCUCGGUGUCACUGACGCGCUUGUUUCUGUUGCCCCUUUUGUCUUUGCGUGAUGCAUUUCUUUCAGUGGGACUUUUUUUUUUGUUUUUUUUUCUUGUGCUGCGCAUACCACCAUUUCAUGAUGAAGUUGUAUAGAUUUCAGAAAGAUUGCUCUAUAGAAAAGUGUAAAGAAAAGACACAUGCUAUAUAUUAUACAUAACAUAUAAAUACGUACAAUUACAUUUUUGUGACUGUCAUAUAACUUGCCACAGGCCUUUGUUAUUUCUUCCUCUUUUUCCCUUGCUUUCUCGUUUUUGCAUUUGAUGGGGACGAAGGAAAACAUAGCCGGUGCAGAUAAGGGAUUUUCCUUUCUUUGCUUUGCGUGUGCAAUGAAAUGAUGAUGGUACAAAGAAAAAAAAUUGUGCAAGGACGGAAUAUUUUUACGGACACUUAUAUCUAGCACGCAUUUUUAUUGUAUGGAAAAGUGGAGUAGCUGGUUCGAGGAAUAAAAUGAAAUGAAAUGUUUUUGUUCAUUUCUCUUUCUGUUUACUCCUCUUUGUCUGUAUACGGGGGAAAAGAAACUAUACAAAACGUAAAAAAAAACUGCCACCACACAAACUUAUCGGCGUCUGUGAAUGAUUGCGGCGCAUUUGGGGGUCUUAACAGCGUGCUGUGCUACUACUUAAAGAAAAACUGGGCAUAGACACCUUAGGGAAACUUGAAAAUCAUUCUCGAUAACCCUUGAAAGAGCGCAGAAACGAGCGUGUGCGACGUACUUUUGCGCUCGAGUACUGUAUGAGCUGGAGUCUUCUGUGAAAGCAUUGUCAAUGUCUUACGGUGCUUACGCCUCUCAAGUACUGCCGUUCACGGGAGGGACUUGAAAUGGAUGCCUCAACGAGGCAGCAACGGCCGCUGCUCGCGACUUAGCAUCAUUUCACCUUGAGAUUGGAGCAACGUUUCCUUUCUUUCCACCCUUCCUUCUUGCUCAUCGCGGUGCAGCUUGCUCCAGCGUGCGUCCAUUUUCUAGCGCUAACUUGCUGGACCACUGUCGUUGCCGUCCAGCGCAUGUCAAUGGUGGGCAACACGAACGAUUCGGCGCGUUACGGCAGGGGACACUCCCGUUUGCUUUCAAAAGGAAACGCUAGAUAUUCUCUGUGUUUGGAGUCACUUGGGGCACCGAAAUAACUCGUAUUUAAAGUGCUCCACAGCCAUUAUUUUGCGGGGGUAGUCCUCGGGAAUGUGCCCUUUUGUCGCAACGACUCGAAACGUUUGUGUACAAGGUGCAACUGCCGCGAAGAGCAGUCCCUUUGGUGCCACUGUUACCUUCGAAAAGCAGGUUGCGUACCCGUUCAACAUUGUCGCAGCGCCGAGUUGCACGAAUGCCAAGCGUUUGGGAUGUCUUGCGUCCGAUGCCUUUCCGCCUUUUAGCUUGGCUCAAAGUUGGCUCGUAACGAGCCCGCUCGUUGCCUCGGAGAUCUGUUCUGGUAGCGUGCUGCCGUAACUGAUCGCUGAGGCCACGGCCCGAUUUGUUUUCUGGUUCACGAUGCAGUCUCAAGAUGACACUCCGUAUCAAGUCCCUCCCGUCGUGUGGCACCAAAGUACAGCGGAGUGCCGCAAUGUGUUUAUACCAUAGUUGAUGAAGGGGGUGAAAAAAAAACAAAUAUUUGUUUUGAGCGGCGUGAUUUAGGUGUGGGCAAUACGUUAUAUGCUGUCUACUGAAGGAAUGAUUUACACUCACAAUUCAAAGCAAGUCCUCGGCUUAAUUCUGGAUGUGCUUGUGGAAGAAUACUGUUUGCGUGCGCAAGUGUUUCCGAAACUUUGCGACCAUAGGACAAUAAAAAAAAAGGGCUCUUCAGGUGAACGAAGCUGUUUACUGUUGCACUUUAGCUACAAUAAAACAUUUUUGUUUAAUGGAAAGAAUGUGUUUAUAGUUAUGUUUACAGAUAUGUUUAAUAAAAAUUCCUUGACAAAAAAAA